GUUCUAGCCUUUCCUGCGUUUCUGCUUGGAAUUGACCAGAACCGUCUAAAGGAGAAACUGACGAGCAGGAAGAUGGACAGCAAGUGGGGAAACGCAAUUGAGUCCAUCGACGUGACGCUGAACGUGGAGCAGGCGUGCUACACACGGGACGCCCUGUCUAAAGCUCUGCAUUCACGGGUCUUUGACUUCCUGGUCGAGUCCAUCAACAAAGCCAUGGUGAAAGAUCAUAAGGACUUUAACAUCGGAGUGUUGGACAUUUACGGAUUUGAAAUCUUCCAGAAAAAUGGCUUUGAACAGUUCUGCAUCAACUUUGUGAAUGAGAAACUGCAGCAGAUAUUCAUCGAGCUGACACUGAAGGCCGAGCAGGAGGAGUACGUGCAGGAGGGCAUCAAAUGGACUCAGAUUGAGUACUUCAAUAACAAGAUCGUCUGUGAUCUCAUCGAGAGCAAAAGUCCCCCUGGCAUCAUGUGCAUCCUGGACGAUGUGUGUGCCACCAUGCAUGCGGUGGGCGAGGGAGCGGACCAGACCAUGCUGCAGAAGCUCCGAAUGCAGAUCAACACACAUGAACACUUCAACAGCUGGAACCAGGGCUUCAUCAUCCACCACUACGCUGGCAAGGUGUCCUACGAUGCAGAGGGUUUCUGCGAGAGGAACCGAGACGUCCUUUUUAAUGACCUCAUUGAACUGAUGCAGAGCAGCGAAAUAGCCUUCAUCAGAGCACGGUUUCCAGAAAACCUCAACGCUGAAAAGAAGGGUCGACCCACAACUGCAGGCAGCAAAAUAAAGAAACAAGCCAAUGAUUUGGUGAGCACACUGAUGAAAUGUACUCCACACUACAUCCGCUGCAUCAAACCAAAUGAAACCAAGAAGCCCAGAGACUGGGAAGAGAGCCGAGCAAAGCACCAAGUGGAGUACCUGGGUCUGAAAGAAAACAUCAGGGUGAGGCGUGCUGGCUACGCCUACCGCAGAGUCUUCAAGAAGUUCCUCAACAGGUACGCCAUCCUGACAAAAGAGUCCUGGCCGACGUGGCAAGGAGACGAGAAACAAGGUGUCCUUCACGUCCUACGGUCUGUCAACAUGGACCAGGAUCAGUUCCAGCUUGGUCGCACCAAGGUCUUCAUUAAGGCCCCCGAGUCGCUCUUUCUGCUGGAGGAGACAAGGGAGCGCAAGUUUGACGGCUACGCCAGGACCAUCCAGAAAGCCUGGAGGAAGUACAUGGCCCGCAAGAAGUACGUCCAGAUGAGGGAAGAAGCUUCUGACCUGCUGCUGAACCGGAAGGAGAGGCGGCGACACAGCCUCAACAGAAACUUUGUAGGCGACUACAUCGGUAUGGACGACAGGCCCGAACUCCGACAGUUCCUCGGCAAGAGAGAAAAGAUCGACUUUGCAGACAAAGUCACAAAAUAUGACCGCCGCUUCAAGGGCAUUAAGAGGGACUUGAUCCUGACGCCAAAGUCUGUGUACCUGAUUGGAAGAGAAAAAGUGAAACAGGGUCCAGAGAAAGGACAGGUGAAGGAGGUGAUGAAGAGGAGGAUUGAUGUGGAGAAGAUCCUGGCAGUGUCUCUCAGCACAAUGCAGGAUGAUUUCAUUGUCCUGCACGAGCAGGAGUACGACAGCCUGCUGGACUGUGUCUUCAAGACCGAGUUCAUCAGCUUACUGUCGCGCAGGUUUGAGGAGAAAACCCAGAGGAAGCUACCACUCAAGUUUAAUAACACACUGGAGAUGAAGUUGAAGAAGGAGAACUGGGGCUUCCUGAGCGGGGGCGGCUCCCGGCAGGUCUUGUUUGUCGGGGGUCAGGGAGACAUGCCUGUCCUGAAUCCUUCCAGCAAAUCUCUGCAGGUCAGCGUCGGCCCGGGACUUCCAAAGAACACACGCCCCACCAGGAAGACCUUCUCUCAGGUCCGCUCCAGAGCUCACCAGCACACCCCCUCGAGGGCCGCACCGGGGCCUCCAGUUGCUCAACAGAAUGGUGGCCAUAAAAACAGUAACCAUGCAGCCAAUCAGAGGAACUCGCAGCACCACGGCCAGCGGCAUCCUGCGCCCGACAACCCAACACGACCCUUCCUGCCUAGCAACGGCAGCCAGCUGAAGGAGAGAGGAGGCAGCCAGCAGCCGCCCAACCUCGACUGUCUGAAAGUCCCCGAUCAAGGAGCUGCAGGCAAUGGAGACAGACGACCAACUUCCAAUGGAGGAAUGGCCCACAGACCCUCAGCCAGCAGGCCUGCUCCGGGGGGGGGGCGACCCAAACCUGCCCCCAAACCCAAACCGCAGGUGCCCCAGUGCAAAGCUCUGUACGCCUACGACGCUCAGGACACAGACGAGCUCAGCUUCAACGCUGACGACCUCAUCGACAUCAUCAAAGAGGAUGCUUCCGGGUGGUGGAUAGGACGACUUCGUGGAAAGCAAGGUCUUUUCCCCAACAACUACGUCACAAAGGUCUAAGAGCUGCAGGUUUACAGCUCGAGGAGGAGAGUUUGUUCCCCGCUGACCCUCUCAGAGGACGGGACGGAGCUCACGGCCAGAGAGAGAAGCACUGCGAGACUCACUGAGGAGAAAAACGUCUUCCUCUGCUGCCUUCUCACAAAUGAAUGUAACUCCCGGUUACACCACCAGACCAAAAGACCAGCUUGAAAUGAGACUCUGCUUUUAAAGACAAGAAGACUGUGUGGGGUCUGUUUUCCUCCACAGUCCCUCUGAGUACUGAUCAAAACUAUUUAUUGUAUUUAUAGCUUUCUGUGUUCUCCUUACUGUCAUUUAUAUCUUGCUGAGGAUUUGAGCUCCAACUAUUUUUGAAGCGUUGGAUUGAAGUAUGCUUAAUCUGUGGGACCAGGCUGUAAUUUUUACUCUCAGAUGAAGGUUUGAUUGCAGAGAGGUGAUCGUCUCGGUGGCAAAACGGAAGCUACUGCUGCUUUACUAGGAAUAUUUAUUUUGGUGCAAAACUGUAACUACUUACAGGGAACGGCUUUUCAGAAAAUCAUCACACUGUGUUUUUAAUGAUUUUUAAUUCCAAAGCAAUAACACUUUUUAUGUUUUUCGUUCCGUAAAUUCAUUUAGAAGGCCAUACCCCGGGAGAACCAGCUACAUCUUACAUUUUUAGUUGUUUUUUCUAUUACACCAGUAUAUUUUAGACACAGUAGACCCCUGAGCAUGCGGUCUGUGGUGUAUUAGCACUUUAUUGGUACAGGUACUACCUUGGACACAGACAUCUUCACUUGUUUAUGCCACAGCUGCAAAGUCUAUGAAGGACGGGUUGCAAAGCGAGCAAUAAGCAAGAAUCAUUUGUUUACAUGAAAUGAUAAAAACAGGCAUUUUGGAUCUGAUUCUGUAUAUGUGUUCAUAUUUUAGAAGUACGCCUGUUGUUGGUUAGAUUUUAAAUUAAUUGUUUUGUAUUUUCUCUGAAGGAUCUUAGUAUUCUGAAUUUCCUCUGCUUUUGAUACUCACAGGGCUGCUUUAUUUACAGUUCAGCUUCACAUAAUGGUUAUCACAAAUAGGGUGAAUGGAUUUUUGUUUGUGCAAAAGGUUUUUUUAGGUGAAAGGAAUGUGUUGACAUUUUUCCGUGGCACUACAAAGAGUUCAUUUUUGCUCUGCUUUACUGUUUCUGCACAUCUUUGCACUGCUGUUGCAUUACUUAAACAUUCCUAUGUAUUUUUUUAAUCAAAUAACCACAUUAUGCUCUCGUCAGUAAAAAAAAACAAAAAAACAGCUGGGACUUCUGUUAUAGAUUUUAUGCAUCAUGAAAUAUAGUUUGAUCUGGGAUGGUUGAAAACAUCCUUGUGCAAUACAAAACAGUAGAUGCAUUUUUUAAUAAAGCAUGUAAUGUUGUAUA